UGACAGACAGCAAAACAGUAGCUGGUUUACCAAGCUGCCCCCUUCAAUUAUGUUGUAUCUGAACAUCAUAACUUUUACUUCUUCCCACCAAACAGAAGUCAAUGUGAGGGGAAAAAUCCCUAGCUAAUUCAAGAAAGGUGGGGGAGGGGUUGUCACAGAAAGGAUUCUGGGAACCUAGAAGACGUGAGUUCCUGAAGUGCUCAGUGACCUUGAGGCACCAUUACCCAAUGCACAGGAGUUCAUCCGUUCUGAAAAUCUGUGAGAAAUGCAAAGCAACAGCAUGUUACAGAAGAGGUACAUGUGUUGAAUUGGCUGAUGGUUUUCGGUGUAUAUGUGACCAAGGUUUCUAUGGGAACAAUUGUGAAAAUGAGAAAUGCAAAGCGGGAAGCUGCAACAAGAGAGGUACUUGUAUUGAAUUGGCUGAUGGUUUUAGGUGUAUCUGUGACCAUGGCUUCUAUGGAAACAAAUGUGAAAAUGCAAUUACCUGUACACCCUUGAAGAAACCAGAACACAGCAGUGUCAAUUGCUCUGGACCCUAUGGCGAGAAGCAUUACAAUGCAUCUUGUUAUUUUUCAUGUGAUGAUGGCUACACUCUGGAGGGGGAUCCUAAAACCAUCUGUAGGGAAUCGGGAAACUGGAACACGCAUGAUAUACAAUGCACCGUUAAUCACCGCAAACUAAUCCUAAUCAUUGUUCCCGUGGGAGCAGUAGCAGCAGUUCUUUCAGCCCUGGCAGUGAUCUAUCGGUGCCUGAAGAGAAACCAUCAAGAACAAAGUACUGGUGAUGACCUCUCAAUGCAACAAAAGACUUUGGCGUAUGAAAAUCAAGGCAUAUAUGCGCUACCAACUCUGUGUCUGAAUAAUGAAACCCCACGAGAUGAAAUGUAUGUCAACAAUCUCAGCGUGGAUCAGGAUAUGUAUAAGAACUUAGAGUAGGUCACAAUUAAUGAUACAAUUAAACAGAAAACCUUUUCCUUUGUUGAAAUGUGUGACAUUAAGUUAGUCUUUUCACAACAAUAGUGAGCUACAAAUUAGUGUUGCAUUUGCAGAUGCUUAAUGUAUUCAAAUGACAUUUCGCCCACUGUACUUAGUGGAGACAUUAACCCAUUUAAAGCAAAUAAUGGCUCUACACCUUUGUUAAAAUAACAAACUGAGGAACGUGCCAUGAACGUGUUAAGUAUUUGAGUGCCAAUAUCAACUCGUAGUAAUCUAGGCUAUCACAUGCAAUUAAACUGAAAAGACAUUGGGAAGAAAAACAGAGAAACAGAAGCAAGAGAUACUCUGUAGCAGCUGGCAUUUUAUUUUAAAACUAAAUACAUUUUCUCUCUCCGCCGAUGCUGCCAGACCUGCUGAGUUUUUCCAGGUAAUUCUGUUUUUGUUUAAGGUUUUACAAUAGCUCAUCACAGCACUGUUGGUGUGUUGAUAUAAUUCUGGAUGCAUUAUUACAGAUACAUCAUAAAACCAAAGUCCAGUUCCUGAAGGUGAUACAGUUCUAUAUGUAUCAUAGGUCAGGAUUGAAGAUUCCCAGUCUUACUAGAGAUUUCACAUCAUGAGAUAUGGGAACAAAAAAAAUGGGAUAUGAUUGCUGCUUCUCCUAUUGGCUCAGUUGCAUACUGCAGUGAAAAAUUACACCUUACAGUGAAAGGAAGUCCCAGAUUCAAUCCUUAGUCUACUCUGGGGACAGUACAAUUGAGCUCACUGCCUUGCUUUCAGGAUUUCAAAUUUGACUCAUGCACCAGAGAGAAAAAGAAACUCACAUUUACACAGCACUUUUCACAACCACCUGAUGUCUCAAAGCCUUGUACAGCAAAUGAAGUACAGCCACUGUCAUAAUGUAGAAAGUACAGCAGCCAAUUUACACACGACAAACUCCCACAAACAGCAAUAUGCCAAUGAUCAGAUAACCUGUUUUGUGAUAUUGAUUGAAGGAUAAGUAUUAGACAGGGCACCCGCUCUUCUUUGAAACAGAACUACAGGAUCCUUUUCCUCACCCAAGAAACAGCACCUGCAACUGUGCAGCAUUCCCUCAGUGCUACACUGAAGUGUCAGCCUUUAUUGUUAUGGUCAAGCCCCGAAUCAGAGCAUUAUGACUCCGAGACAAGAUUGCUACCAGCUGAACCUGAACUGGACUGAAAGAGAAGGUAAUCAGCUUCCCAUCUAGUCAUUCAUAUAGGAAAGUGCACAUGUUGGGUCAGCAGCUGAGUUAGACUGUUAGCCCUUUCUGAGCUCAUGAAGGAUGAAUAUUCACCUCGAUGAGAUGUUGGAGGGUGCCUCAGUUCCCUGUCGAAUUUAGUCAGGCUCCUUUAGAAGAAAAGAAAUGGAGGGUGGAACAUGGGCAUAAAAGGAGGAGAAAAAUAACCCAGCUGCAUCUAAAUAAAUGGAGGGAGGGAACAACUAACUCAAUCAUUUUAGGAUUUUUACCGUGUCAGGCGGGUGGUCCUGGGAGAGGUCACAAAGCCGACCUCAGCCUGCGAUCGGACCCCGACAUCAAUUUCACGCUGGCUGGGCAAUCAACGGGCAGCUAGUGUAAAACACACGCCGCAACUGUCAAAUGAAUCACCUUUGGCAUCCAACGCAAAGAGUGCCUCGAAUUCAUCCUGACUCACUUGGGCCACUGCAUCAUCAUAAGGGUUCCACUCUGGGUCAGAUGUAACGCUUUCAGUUACAGAAUCAUCUCUCCACAACAAAUCGUCUUCCGGAUUCACUGAUAGUCCUAAUUAUUGAAUUUAUUGAAAAAUGAGGGAUUGACUUAUACCCUGGGUAUCAGCCUGAACAUCCGUUUUAGCCCCCCAAAAAUGGGGUUGUCUAGCAUGUUGGAUCGACUUCGAAUCCACAAUCUAUGGUACAUUUCUUAUUACCUCAUUAAUCACAUUUGAAUCUUGUUGAAGUUUGGAAAGGGCUAUUCCAAGUAUCACUGCCUCAUUGGUGAACGUAUCCAAAAUUGGUACACCAAGAUCUGUUAGUAUCUGCAAAAUGAUACAUAUACAAUGCAAUAGGAAUAUGAAUUUUUUAUUUAAAUGUAGGCAUCAAGGUUCCAAUGUACAGAUCUACACACCCUAUCAGGACGGAUUGUUUGGACACCUCUAACUUAACCUACUUUCUCACAUCCUGGUUUCAAACUGUGUUCCUUUAAAAUUUAUCAUCUAAAAAUCACCCUUCUAUAAAAUUGUCUGCACAAUUGAUCAUAUGUCUCAUUUCCUGUUUUGUGUGACCUAUCUCAUGUGUACAAAAUUGACUGCUGCAUUCGCCUGCAGAACAAUAGUUAUGCCAACACCAGCAUAAUUCUGAGGAUCAUCCCACCGCAUUAAGAUGCAGUCAGUAAAGAAAAAGGUGUAGUACUGAACUGUAAUAAGAAUACAUAUAAUGCUGAAAACAUUAUUUUAAAAUGACUAAUAUUGUAACAAAUAUAAUAGAAAUUGAAACUGGGGCUGUGAAAAGCUGAUUUAAGUCAAUGUGGGGUCCCCAAAUGUCAUUUUGUUUUAUAUAUUAUCACAUCAGGAUCUUACUGUGCUGUGCCCUCCAGUGAUUAAUUGUAGUAUGAUUGAAUUGGCAAUUUAUUGUUAGUGUGGCUUUGAUUUUAUAUUGCUUAUUAAUGCUGUAAGAAGAGUGUUCUUUGCAAUUAGCAACGACAAUCUAUUUGGCACAAAGU